UACGGUUCCUCGUCUACGGUCAUUCCACUCUUGACAGUGGGGCUGAGUGGACCUCCAGUUUAUUUUCCCCCGAAACAAACAAUUUCAAAUUGAAAUUUUUGAAUAUUAUUUUUCAUUUCCCCCGACAGUGUUUCACAUCUGAGGCGAUACCAAGUGAGAAACCGUCGUUCGAAUCUUUUGGACAGCCGUAAUCGAGAUAUCUACGAUGGGGGAAUCUACAGUUGCCUUCUUUCUUCUACUUCUGGUUGCUGGUGUUUGCCGGGCCGACACGGGUGCCAACACUUAUUACGGUCGUCUGAUCGGUUCACUGGAGUCGCAGUACCACGGGAUCCGCGGCGACGUCUACGCCGUCGAUGCACGAACUCUUUUCAUCAAGUCCUUCUCCUACGAUGGCAAAGGCCAAGAUGCGCUUUUCUACGCCGGAUCGUCGUCCCGAGUCGGAACGGACGGAUUCGUCAUCCCUAACGAAGAUGGCUCAACGGAAAGUCUUUCGAGGGCUUACGAGGACCAAGACUUGACGCUAACUCUACCCGAAGGCAAAACCAUCAAAGAAAUCCGUUGGUUGACUGUAUGGAGUCGAUCCUUUUCCGAGGCUUUUGGUGAAGUCAAAGUGUCAGCUGGUUUUGAUUACCCGCGUCCUCAACGCUUGACCCCGCUGUCGGGCAUCCACCAAGUCGCUUCGGAUCGUAUCUACGUCGUUGACGCUCAGACUUUCCUCUUGCCCAAUUUCACUUACGACGGACAAGCUCCCGAUGCCUUUUUCUGGGUGGGUACCGGCUCCAAGCCUAGCCAAGAGGGAGCUCAAGUGCCGGACGAAAAUGGCAAAAUCGACCCGCUGCGCCGCUACGACACGAAAACGCUGGUGCUGACUCUUCCGGGUGAUUUGACGGUUUUCGACGUCGAAUGGCUGAGUGUCUGGUGCAAGGCUUACGGCAUCGAUUUCGGUCACAUCCGCAUCCCCAAGAGCCUCAACGUGCCUCCGUCGCUCAAAAUGCUCGGCGUCGCACCUCAGGCCAAACUGAACUGUGAAGUGCUCUGGGAUGACCUAGCGCUCGAGGUGCGAUGGGCGGUUGCUGGCGAGACCAUCGUCCUCCAACUCGUCGGGAAAAUUGAUGACGGGCAAUACGUGGCGUUCGGACCCAGCGGAGAUUCCAAGAGGACGAGAAUGAUCGGAGCCGAUGUAGCCGUCGGUUGGCUGGAUCGUGCGAGUGGCAAGGGCUUUGUUCACGAUCACUACAUGACGUCCAAGAGCGCGUGCACGGCCGGAAAGGGAGUAUGCCAAGACACCCAGUCCGCUCGUGGCACCAAUAACAUCCGAUUGCUCAAUGCUGCUCUCGUCAAUGAUUACGUCAUGCUGACCUACCAGAGGCCACUCAAAGCUCAAGAUGAACAGGACAAAAGCAUCAUCACCAAUGGAACGCAGGCCGUCAUUUGGGCCGUUGGACCACUCAGUUCGGACAAUGAACCCACUUAUCAUAAACUCAGAAAUAAAGGUGAUUUGUUGAUCGAUUUCGGACGAUCGCCUUUCUGGAAUUGUCCAGCUCCGGAAGACCCCACUGUGACAUCGAGUUCUGUGACUGUUCCCAGCGUUCAACGUCGACCGACCACCGAAGAGCCUUGGCCUUCAUUGGAUGGUAACUCUGUGGGAUCUAACACCAAAUAUUUGGCCAAGAACCAACCACCACCACCGCCGCCGCCUUCCACACCUGCCGUGCUUACUAGGCCGCCCUGGUACAUCCCAGCCAUCGAGUGUAAUGAGCCGGAAAAUCACGUCUAUUACGCCCAUCUAGGCCCGACUGGGGGCAGUCAAGGAUACAACGCUAUUACAGGCAACCAAGGCUGGGGUGUUUCCUGGUUCAUCAACGGACUGCUCAUUCCCGAAGUGACAGUCGUUCGUGGCCAGACGUACACUUUUGUGGUAGAAGGUGGCCAGGAUCCCGAUCGUCCGUCUCGCUAUCACCCAUUCUACAUCACCGACGAUCCCGAAGGUGGUUACGAGUUCAAAACACCUGCCGAGAGAUCCAAAAUCAAAAUCUUUGCUGGCGUAAAUUACGAUCGCGAUGGCAAUCCAGCAUCUUCAGCUCAGGGCCGUCUCUGUGAAUGGGUGGAAGAUCCUAGCCAACCGGCCGACAAGUUUUCGUCUUUUGGGGCGUAUCAGAGAACGUUGAAACUCCAUUGCGAGGAAGGUGAGCCGGCCAUCAUGCAGUUCAAGCCGGACGCGUACACUCCCGACACCGUCUACUAUCAGUCCUACAUUCACCGAUAUUUGGGCUGGAAAAUCCGCGUUGUGGAUCGCUGCGACCUGGGCGAUAACAAUCGCAAAGCGGAUGUGUCUGGACAAGGAUCAGCUCCGUUGAAACCCUCGCCCAAAGAGCCUUCAGAAGACGAACAGAAAGAGUAUCCGGAUUAUUACGAAGAUGAUUCACCCCGUUUCCAAGAAAUCAAGAAAAUGGAUGCCGCCUCUUCUCCGAACAAUGUUGAUUUCGGGCCGGAGAUUCGAACACCAGGUGAGAGCGGCGAUUUCUUCCCGGAAAAUCCGUUCAGGGGUAACUUCCCAACCGAUUUUGAAGAUUUCUUCAAAGAGUCGAGCUUUGGCGGUAGAGAAGAUGAAAGGCCAGUGCCACAACGUACUACAGUACCACCACGCCCGUCACCUUCACCCCGCCCUACAGCUCCGCAACGUCCAACAGUACGCUAUCCAGCACCACUCCCAACUGCACCUCCGACACCUCCCACUGUCAAGCCAACCAAACCCGUUCCCGUUCCUGUGAGAACGACCGAACCCCCUCAGAGGCAAAUUCCAUCGCAAAACGUCAAAACGGAAGAACAGAAGCCUCAUUCCGGCCUGUCCAUCGCGGGCCCUGUCAAACAACUAACUAAGCUCAUCCAGCAUUCCACCAACUUCCGCCAGCGACCCAAUUCGCAGAAUCAAAAUCAGAAAGAAUCGUCACCCAAUCACGAUUUAGCGGAACCCCGUCCGUUGAUUCCGGAUAGGUCGCGUGAUCGCCCACAGCAGCCGGAAAGACCUGCAUGGAGUCCGUCAUCAAACGAGCAAGAAAGCACGCAUUUCAACAUUAAGGAAACGAUUCCAACAAGGAUCAAUCCACCUCCGGUUCAGUCGCACUCUUUCAACCAGCAAUCCGCAUCCUCCAACCUUCCGUUUUUCCGACAACAAAACGACCAGAUCGGCGGUAUUUUCAAUCCAAACACCAUCAUUCUCGAGAGUGGUUUCAAACCUAUCCGGAAUGCGGAUGGGCCGAUCCCACCGCUUGGAUUUGACGUCGAGCCUCAGCAGAACGCGCAAGGGAAAGGAAUCUCUGCCGAAGAUCCGAGAUUCACGACGGAUUCACCAAGUUUGGUAACAUUGGAUCCCGUUUUCGUCGCUUCCGAACAAGAUCACCGCAGACCCAAAGAACCCGUUCCCAUCACGUUGCCCAAGGCUGUUGUACCGGUUGUUCCCGGACCAUCGGCACCUGUUCCGAGGUUCCCUCCUAAUCACGAAGCCAACCAGCAGCAGGUGAACCACUUCAAUCAACAACAAUUCAGACCACACCCGACGCCUCCUUCCCAGCGUCAGCAACAGCAGCGACCUCAUUUCAACGGCCAGGAUGUUAAUGCUCGUCCCCACACACCUCCACCUUCUCCUCCUGCUCGCAAGAAGUCUUCAGGUUUGGCUGCAUUUUUCAGCUUUGGUGGUAACCGCCGGAAGGAGCAGAACACCCCUCCCCUGGCUACGCCGAUUGCUGCUGGACCAUCUGGGCCUUCUCCUAAUAAUAGGCCAUCGCUAAAUUGGCAACCUCAGAACGGUCCUCUCCUUCAACUGAGACAUCCGUCAGCUGGACAAAACCGUGAACAGCUGUUACCGCAACCUCUACAAGGACCGCCACCGGGACUCCAUGUUCAACGACCUUUUGCUGGAGAAGGACACAAACAUCAAGGUGAACAGCCGUUAUCGCUGCAGCAGCGACAGCAGCAAGAGGGUCAACUAAAGAACCGCAAUAAUCCGGCGCAAAAUCAGCCGUCAUUACAACCGCAGUCCAAGCCAAAUCAAGGACUAACGGGCCUUCUUCAAAGAUUCCUGGGCGGUGGGGACCGACGCAAAGAUAUUUCUCGACCACUGCAAAUGGACAAAAAAGCAGAUGGACCUCAUGCCAUACACAAAGGUCCACCUCCUGUCUCGAUAAAUGGAAAAGCUGAUUUGCCGUUUCCACCAAACUUCCAAGGGCCGCUUCCACCCAUCAUUUCCUCUAAAGUUCAGGCGGCCACUAGGCCCAAUUUUGACGGAGUCCGCCGUUCUGAGCGUCCGUUGAAGAACCCCAACGUUCUAGAUCAGUUUUCAGCAUCCAUUAUCAAAGGAGGAUCCGUUUUGGGAACUGGAGGCAAGCCCGUCAUCACGGAUGAAGAGAGAGCUCAGUUGGAACGAUUUUUAUUUGGGCCAUCAGAACAAUACACCCCAAGAUCAUUUCCAUCCGAGUCUUUGUUAAGCAACCUCGAGGAAUGGUUGUCCGGUGAAGCUCCUUCCGAAUCUUUACUAAGUAAAAUUGCCGAAGUUUUAUCCGUUGAAGCCUCGACGGAUAUUUCUCCAGAAGAAGAUAGCACUGUUGAACCAGAUGCCUCAACCACUUUACCAACAACCAAUGAUGAAGAGAUUUCCUCUGUCGACGAAAAGUCCCAUAAUGUCUUAAAUGAUGAUGACAAUAAAGAAAUCGAUCCUGUUGAAAGCCAAUCACAGCGACGGAAGCGACAAGCCGUCGAUGAUGAACGGAAUGACAAUCAACUUUUGGAUAAAAUUCCUCAACAGGAUUCGAGCCAGCUGCCAGUUGAACACCGCGGAUUGGACGACGAGGAAGUAAACGAUUCUCAUGAAAACAAUAACAGUAGUUCCACUAAAUUUGCUCCUUGGUUCUCCGUUACUUCCGCAUUAUUCUUACUUAUUGGUUUGACAGGAAUCCAGUUAAAUCACAUUUAAUAACCUAUAAUGUUUUUCCAAUCUACUUCCUUAUUGUAAAUAAUUGCCAAUAAGCAAUCGACUGACGAUGUCAGCACAUAACUCAGAUUGAAUUGCAACACAAAAUGGUUGGGUUUCACUUAAAUUGCAUUACAGAACAGAAAAAAAGGAUGGCUUGUUCUUAAAUUUCACUCUUAUAAUUUAUUGCUUAUUUAUAUUCCUUUGUCACGGUUUCAAAAUUGGUCUUAGUUUAAUGUAAUAGGGAUGUCUUGUUUUGCAGUGUAUGUGCUUUUCUACAAAAUCUUUUUGCAAACUACCUGAUUUCUGACGGAAUAUAACAAGUGGCAAUACACACAAUUGGGAAUA